GGACUGUUAAAUCGUAAUGUGGAUUAUUUUUUCUUUUUGGACCGAGGGUAAUUUCUUUCCUUAUUCAAAUCGGAUUAGCUAGCCACAUAAAUUAUAAAGCAGUAUUUCUCCAGCCCUAAUUAAAAAUCCUCAAUUACUGAUAUAAAAAGGUGAUUCGAUCGGGCGUUUCUUUUCCAACAAAAGAGAAGAAGAAGAAAAUGUCUCCAAGAAGAACACGGAAUAUGCCCAGUGAAACAUCGGCGACGAUACUACCGAAGGAAUUGAUGUUGGAAAUUCUGACCAGGCUUUCCGGUAAGAAAUUGGGACAGUGCAAGUGCGUGUGCAAAUCCUGGCAAUCAUUGAUCGGAGGUCUGGCGUGGAAGGAUCUUUUCCGGAGCCGUCCGCCGGAGUUGAUAUUAUACCGGGCGGACGACCCGUUUAAGGCCCGAGAUAGUUUGUGCCUAAGCCUCAGAUGCUUUUCCUCAACUCUAAUUGGUCCAUCUAAGGAGGAGUCCUCCUCGGCCGCCACGGAGGAAGAAGAAUUCAGUUUCCUAAGCCAUGUGAAGAGUAAGUUUUUCUGCCAGUAUUUUACCCAACUGGUUAAUGGCCUGAUUUGCCUUCCCGAAAACGGUUGCCGUUUUUACAUUUACAACGUUUUUACCGGACACAGGAUGAGCCUUCCUAGACCAAUGUAUUACAGUUGGAAUCCGGAUUCAUCUUUUCAUCUCGGGUACGAUCCGUUAACCCGGAUGUAUAAGUUGUUAAGGUUGAUUAGUGCGCGCAGAGAGCAUCCGAUGCGAGUUGAGAUAAUGACCUUGAUGCCCUCCGAUUCAUCAGCAUCCAAAUGGAGGGAGCUGGACAAUGAUGUCAGUGGUCUCACUGAUUUCCAAAUUGAUUCCCAGGGAGUAAUUAGCCUUUUAACAGCUGACGGGUUCCUGUGGUUCUUAUCAGUGGAAGGAUCCCUAUUACUAUUAUCUUUCCAUCUCAACAAGGAAAAGUUUGAACUGAUUAAGCUCCCCGGAAAUCUCAAAAAUGAGAUGGCCGGAACAGAUAGUUUCUGUUUCAUUCAAUCAAUGGGCCGUCCGGCUAUCUGGGUUAUGCCUUCUAAAUCAGAUUAUCCUAGUUGUCUUGUUCUCUUUGUUUUCGAAAAUUAUGAGGGCAACAUUUGGAAUAAGUACAGCAUUCAUUUUCCUGAAGAGCUUGGGGAUGUGAAUACGUUUAUUGUUGAUGCGGGAAACCUUCCAACUGGUGAGAUUUUGUUUAUGAAUGUGGAAGGGAAUGAAGAUCAGGACAGCCUCGUAUCUGCUGUGUAUUCUUAUAAUCAUCACACAAGUAAGUUUGAUCGUUUUCAGGUUGGACGGAUUGUUGACAAGCCGGUCACUCUUCUCCGUGGGUCUCAGAAACAUAUCCGGGCUGAGAAUAUUGGUGAUAAGGUAUUUUGUUUGCAUGAUUGCAAUUAUCUGUAUCUAUCAUUGAAUCGUGUUCUAAACGGCCGUGGGGAUUGAGCUAGGAGGAAUUUGCAUGUAACUCUUAUUAUACUCCCUCCAGUCCUAAUUAUAAGUCAUUUUGAUUUCGUCCUAAGUUUAACCUAGAAUGUCUUUUUAAUUGAAAAAAAAAACUUUAAAAUAUAUUUUUUCACAUUCGUUGUAUUUUCCUAAUUAUUAUGAAAUAUUUUUAAGAUUUUAUUCCAAUUAAAAAGAUAUUCUACGUAAAAUCUAGUGCGGAAUCAAAAUGUUUUAUACAAUAAGGAUCAGAGGGAGUACUGUAAAUAUGCUCAAAAUCAAUACAAUAUCCCGAGGGUUUUCAUGGUAUUAGAGAGGAAUUGGACAGUGGAACAUGAAUGCGUUGAUCUUCAGUGAAGCGAAUUUUUCCACGGCUUAAUUUCUUGGUGUAUUUAGCGGUUACGAUUCUGGAGGCUUGAUAAUUCACCGCAUGGAGUUGGAGUACAACUUUGUCACAUCGCGACAUUGUGGAUGUUUUAGGCUCACAAAUCUUUCUGUUUUUUAUUUGGAGCCGUGGGCUUCAACAACUUCCGACUGAUUUUGGCCCUACGGCCUACGACGAGGGUGUCCAGCGCUGGACUAAAUCUUCUACACUGUCCUGACGGAGAAAAACAAACAGAUAUACUGAAACCUAAAAAAUACAGUGUGCGUGUGUUUGUUUUUUCGUAAAAUGAAGUGGAGUGGGUUUGUUGUUAUUAUUAUUUUUAUUCUGAUACUCCCUCACGUCCUUAUUAUAAGGC